CGAGAGGAGACGCUGGUAAAGGCACACAUAGAGGGCAAGCGGUGCCAUCUCUGCCCCGUGACACCCGUGGAUGGGAAGCCUGGAUAUCCCCAGUGACACCCCAUUUACUAUUGGAUUAUCAUUUACAGUGACAGCAGAUGAGGAUUUUCCCUGCAAGGUCAAUGCUGGCGCUUCUGAGGGUUUGAAAACUCAAGACUCGAUCUUUGAUCUGUUAAAUUGUUGCCUUAUAAAACACAGUUAUUCUGCCUGACAAUUUUGCCCAACAAAAUCAGAAUCUAUGGGGACUGUACCAGAUCCUUUAGGAUCUGACAAGUCAUCACCUACAUCAACAGGAGAGGAAUGCCCUUCUAGAAAUAUAUCCCAGGAGGAUACUAUCCAGCUAAAACGGGCAACGUCAAGUAACAAUGGGAAUGUUGCACAAAUAACAGGUGUAUGUUCUUUAGAUCUAAAUUGCAAACCAUCCCCCGAAAGUCCUGGUAAUGAAAAUAUAUGUGAACCUGAAGAUCAGCAAACCAGUAAAAUAUUGUCAUCAUUCAGGACUUGUACACAAUUAGAUACCUUGCCUCCCUUAGACUCCACAAGCAAAGAGACACAAGACAUCAAUGAAACUAGUGAACAUGUUGCCAUUACUAAGAAUGCAAUACAGUCACAGUCAUCUGUUGUAUCAUCUAGUGUUACACACAUUACGUUGCCAAGUGAGAAACCAGCAACAGAAGAGAGUCACUUGCCAAAAGACCUAACUGUGGUACAAAUAGCAACAGAAGAGAACAGUAGAACAAGCACACAGAUAGCUGAAAUGUCAAAAAACAUGGACAUUAAAAUAUCAGAUAGUAACAAAAAUGAAUACAUUCCUUCCCCUAUCCAAGAAAAAGAAACGGAAAACGCACAGACAGAAACAAGUCUCAACUUAGAUCCAAUACAAGAUGAAGAAGAAAGGGAAGAUUGUGACGUUGAACCUCUAGGUGUGCAAUGUGCACAGUUUAGCCGGACUGAGGAAGAGAUAAAUACAAAUGGGGAUCAUGACACUUUGGAGUUGCAGUUAGUUUGCAAGUUUAGGGAAAUGGGUACAAUGACAUCACAGUUUGAAAGCUGGGCUAAGCAAGAUGCAGAAGUACAAGCUGUAGCAAAUGUAGAAAAUAAAUCUGUGUCCACUAGCCCAAGCAUAUUAGCUGCAUUUCUGAAAUCCAACUCACCAGUACUUAAGGAAAGACAGGAACAAGUGUGUAUAAUAUAUCAGGGCAACCCUGGGAAUCCUCAGAUUGACCGUGCUAAUUUUGCAUUGCAUUCACAGCUCACCCAAAACCACUUAGCUCCAAAAGUAUGUUUUCAACCUUCUGACGCAAAGGGUCCUCAGCCUCUCCAGUUGCACACAAAAAGUCCUCCCGAUAUGAUACGGUCCCCUUUUCAGAGACCAGAGCUAACAAGAAAUUCACAGGUUUUAUAUAGAAGUGAGUUAGAUGGUCAGGGAUUGUGUCUCCGAGAAAACCACCCCAUGGCACAGAUGCAAAAGGGUAAUGCCUCUCCAAUCUUAAUGAAUGUAAAACCUGUUUACCAAAUCAACAUAGACAAUAGCAAUCAACCCAAAGCAGGCCAGAUGAUAAAGGAUAAGUUUAAUGAGCCACCUCAGUUCAGGGCAGCACAUGAUCAGGGCAGCAAAGCUAGGCUCCAUCAUUUAAGUGGAGUAGAAAACAUUCAGUUACAUAAUAUUCGCCAAGACAAUGAACAGAUAGAAUCUCUUAGCAUGCCGGGUGAAGCUAGCUCUGACCGGAAACCUUUUCAUUUUAAAGUUACUAAUGAACAGGGUUCCACCCAGACUAUCAUCACCACAGAUAUAAAAAAGCCAAAGAAGGAAGAAAGGCCAACUCCACUUCAAGUUGAAGUUGAAGUCAACAGCAGUAUGGGUGCCACUGGAGGUCAGGUAGAGGAAAUACUUGAAGUUUUGGUUAGGAAGGAUCAGGAUGAAGGGGAACAUGCCAAAAGGUCAAGCAGUUUAACUCUACAAACAAGACCAGCGACAGACUUUAUUCAGAGUGCAGCACAGCUCACACCCAGACUAAGAAAAGCUAGGGAAGAGAAAAAGGAACCAGUUCUGGUCACCUUGCCUACUUCUGAUCCUCCCAAGCCACAUGGAAAAAAGUCAAGUCCAAGUUCAAGUGGAGAGGCUAAAAGCCAAGCAAAGCAACCAUCUAAAAGUGUGAAAGAUGUGGUAUGGGACGAACAGGGCAUGACGUGGGAAGUUUAUGGUGCUUCUAUGGACCCCGAGGCCUUAGGGAUUGCUAUACAGAACCACUUGCAAAGACAAAUCAGAGAACAUGAGAAAAUGAUUAGGGCUCAAUUAAAGCAAAACCGUAAAUCAAUUUGCUCUGAUUCUUCAGGGAAAAAGCACAAAAGAAGACAGCACAGGGUAUUCCAGUCAAUACUCAAGAAUUUUAGACGACCCAAUUGCUGUAGUCGUCCACCUCCUUCUGCUGUCAUAGAGUAACUUUCUGUAAAAUUGUUAACAUGUAUUGCCACAUCAACUAGCAGACAAAUGUUUCUUUGCACUUAAGAAUGUCAUAAAAAAUGUUUUAUUUGAUUACUGCACAGGGUUUAGGGUGAUGGUCAAAUCACUCUAUUUUGUAAUGCAAUACCAUUUUAUUUUCAUUUUCAUGAUAGGGUGGAUAAUACAUUCACAAGUUGUCUUUCCAGAACCAACAUUUGAUAACAGUUUUGUAUGUGUCGAAUUAGUAUUUUCAUCUCAAUAAGCAAGCAGAAUUAGGCUGAGCUCCUGAAAUGUCAAUAAGUGUGCCGUUAAAUGCAGUGCCAGGAACGCCUUUUCACAUCGGCCUUUUUUGACUCUGAAGGUGAUAAAAGAAUGAGUGACAAUGAGUUGUACACUAGAGCAAUAUAAACGCAACAGAGGUGUCUGCGCCAUGUUAGUAUUACGUCCUUACAUUUGAUAGAAGAUACUGUAGCACAUUCUUUAUCCAGAAACAGGGUCUUUGUACUACACACAGCCCAAGAGAAGUCAAGUAAAGAAUAAACUUUACACACAUAGAAUAAGUAGCUCAUUGCUUAAGGGUUAUAUAUUUUAUAUAUAUUCAAAAAUAGAAACAAAA